AUGGAAUCGAGGGGCCCAGAAGAGGGCUCGGAGGCGGACCCUGCUGCUGCUGCUGCUGCUGCAGCACCUGCUGCUGCAGAUUCGACGCUGGAAGAUGCAGCAGCAGCAGAAGCAGCAGAAGCAGCAGCAGCAGAAGAAGCAAAUGCAGCAGCAGCGGCUGAGGUGGCGGAAGGGGAAACUGCUGCAGCGGCCCCAGCAGCCUCAGGAAGCCCCGAAGCAGCAGCAGCAGCAGCAGCAGCAGCUGAAGCGGGGGACGCAGCAGCAGCAGAAGCAGGGGACGCAGCAGCAGCAGCAGCAGCAGCAGCAGCAGCAGCAGACAUGGCCGAAGGCGAGGAAGCUGCCAGUCCUUCCGAGUCGGCGUCCGACGCAGCGUCCGCAGCAGCAGCAGAAACGCCAGAAGCAGCAGCAGCAGCAGCAGCAGCAGCAGCAGCAGCAGCAGCAGCAGCAGGAAGCGAGCCAACAGAAAACCUCUUUGGCUCCGCCGAUGAAGCCAGCAGCAGCGAAGGGUCUCUAGCGAGUGACGGAGACUUAUUUGGGGAAGAAGUGUCUCCUGUUGCUGCUGCUGCUGCUGCAGCAGGAGACUCGGAUGCGGAGGGCGGAGCAGCAGCAGCAGCAGCAGCAGCAGCAGCAGAAGAGGCCGAGGCCCGCAGCACGGAGGAGACCCCCAAAGAAGCAGCAGAACGGCUGCCCCCGCUGCUGCUGCAGUUAGGAGACACCUGGGCCCCGCAGCAGCAGCAAACUGCUGUUUGGACUUGGAGAGUCCCCCCGGCUUUGUCUCUCAUUUACGCAGCAGACCAGCAGCAGCAGCAGCAGCAGCAGCAGCAGCAGCAGCAGCAGCAGCAGCAGCAGCAGGUUGCGAUCAGGUUCUUCAACGAUGAAGCUGCAGCAGCAGACGGCAAACCCGCAUCUAGGAGCAACUGCCGGCUGGUGCAGUUCAGCGACGACUCGUAUUGUCUCUUUGUGGACGACAAGGGGUUUGAAUGCAAUAUCAAGAAUGAUGUCUCCUACAUCUUUGAGUCCAAAGGAGUCCGCAGCUGA